UUUUUUAUGUUUUCAAAACGUUAUCAUUUUCGAAGUAGCUGGUACAUAAAUCAUGGCGACGCUAACUGGUUUUACAAAACUAUUUAAUUUUGUUACCGGUACUUGUAUUCGGAGGAUUCUCCCGGCUCCAAUAUGCAAGCAAUACUAUCCAAUACCAAAGUUAUGGGAAGUCAAAGUAGCAGAUUAUCGUACUGCAUAUAGGCCACCUUGGUUUCCGGUACCACCUAGCUAUCAAGAAGUAGUACCUGAAUGCGAUGACAGAGCAGAAGAAGUAUCUGCUGUGAUAAAUGAAAUUAAUAGACAGAUAACUACUAAAUCAACUGGCCGCUUAUUUGCAAUUGUAUAUAUAUGUGGAAAACAAUUCAAAGUCACAGAAAGUGAUGUUAUAAUUGUUACUGGUCAUUGGGCACCGCAACCAGGAGAUAAAUUAAAUUUAGAGAAAGUUAUGCUUGUUGGCAGUAAAGAUUUCACACUUAUUGGAAAGCCUAUUCUCAAUAGAGAACUGGUAUCAGUUAAUGCAACUGUAAUUGAAAAAACUUUAUCCCACACGAUUUUCCGUUUCAGAAGAAGGCAAAGAAAACAAUUUCGUAGACUAAACUUUUACAGAACACAUCAAACAGCAUUAAGGAUAAACUCCAUAACUAUCAAUGGAGAUGUAGAAAAGAAGAAAGAAGUUGAAGGUUUAGAUAGAAUAUACUGAAGUAUAAAUGCAAUACUAUAGCAUACUUUGAUAUGUUCUUAAAAAGCCAUAACAAUAAAUUAUCUGUUAAUUUAAGUAA